AUGAACCGGUUCAGAAACCGCAAGAAACGUGGCGAUGGCCCUGAUUUAUCUGAUGCUCCCCCGGUUCCCAUCUUCUCUAAGCAGUUCUUCAAGAAGAAACCUGAACCAGAGCAGCCUCCGAAGAUAGACCUGGCGACCGCACUGCCUACAGAUAAUGACUUCCGGACCACGAGGUUUAGCAUGCUACGUGAGCAGGAUGACCCCAAUUCAAAGCUCGGCAAAGCAAACGAUGACAGCGUCUUAUUCCCAAAGAGAGCGUCUAGGUUGAAUUUGUUUGCGCACUCACAGCUAGCUGACAUCACCGAAGUUGGGUCUCUUCACAGCUCUGACCGACCUUCUCUCAAUAUUGGUCGGUCCUCCUACGCUUCUGGUUCGACUGAUGAUGAUUGUAAUGCCCUUUCCAGCAUUAUGAACAGGUCGAGGCCGGUUGAAGGGAAUACACUGUUUGGAGGGCGCCAAAAGGUCUAUAAGAUCCCAAAUACACGGAGUGAGCCAGCUUCGGAGAACGAAGGAGGAUCAGAGGGAGGUGAUAGACACAGUACGACAAUGGGAGGGAGGCAGCUGUAUCAGAACGAUGUUGGGUCUAUAUUUCAACGGCCAAAGGAGGACGACUUGAAGUCAGAGCCUGACUCGCAUCUAGCAGAGUCUUCCCCAGCGAUACCUCUGCCAUCCCCUAGACAAGCCGAAUCUUCUUCCUUUUUAGUCGGCGAAAACAGAAACUCCACUUCAACAACUUCAGCCAAUUCUCAGGGACUUGCAUCUAGACAUGGAUCGGUAACUACAGAAACCUCUACAAGAAGUAACCAAAAUUCGACGGGAAUGAGUCUUGAGCGGAAUCCGACAAAAACCCGACGACUAUACGAUCGUGGUCUAGAACUUCAGAACCAGCCUUCUGCUCUUUCAAGGCUGGAGAGCGUCAGUCGUCAACGAGCAAUGGCGAGUGAUGGCAUCUUGAUCAACCGAUCUCUAUCUAAGAGUGCUGUCAAUCUUAAUGAAAGAUACCAAAAACUCUCUCCGGUCUAUUCUUCUACAUCCUUUAGACCUAACAGCCCUCCGCCGUCCUCAGCUUCGUCCGUUGUAGGAAACUCAGAGCAUCCCAAAAGGCCAUCACCCGUCAGCACUACGAACUCCCACCAGGGGAUCUCAACUGGAUCUCCAUUGAGUCCCCCUGCAAGUGAGACCGAAGAAGGUUCUGCAUUUGCGGCUGCAGUUCAACCAGAGGACCGUGGGAAGGCCACGGCUACCGGUUUAUUCAACAGACCUGCCUCGAAGUACGAUGAUAACCAAUUUUCCCAACGUCAGAUCCAAAUACACGAAAAUAAAAGUAAUGCGUCAUUGCAUCGCCCAACAUUGGCUCGAAUCGGCUCGGAUCUUACAGAUUCUGGACGGCCAAGAGGCAUGUCUGUUACAAGUCAUCAAUCCAAGCCAGAGUCUCCGGGGUUACCUACUCAUAAUAACUCCCCGCUCUCAACCCCCCAUAGCACAGAUUUCCGACCAACGCCUUUGCGCAAUGAGAAACCCCAGUUUCCAACCAACCCGUCCACUUUCCUGGCUGACUUUAGUGGAAGCGAAUCUGGAAGUGAGGGAGAGGAAGACAUGUCAAAUAAACGAGUCUCUCCCUUAUUCCGCCCUAAUGAGGGCAUUGGGUCUCCCCUGAGAGUCGGUGUGGAAUUUAAAGGCUCGGCCACUUCCGUCCCACCCGCCAAAUCUUCUCAUCCCGCCCUUGGAGGGGAGUUUAGUUAUUCAGAAUCUCGAGAUUUGAACACUAUAAAGGAAGACGAGACGGCUCCUAAUUCCGUUUCUCCUAUCCCAGAAUUGCAGCCUCUUACAGAAACAGAAUCCCCUAUUCUUGGACCAACUGGCCUUAGUAGUCUUAUUCGAACUCAUCUGAGGCAGGACAGUGACAAGUCUACAAUUUACCCUCCACCAUCGCCACUUUCAAUGGAUCAUCCACCAGAAAAUGUUCGCCCAGGUAAACCUCAAGCCCAAGAAGCUAGGUCAUCAGACCUUGCGGUCAGCAUUCAUAGCAAUCCAUGGGAGUAUGAUGAUUGGGCUAGGCCGGUCCAUCACCCAUUAGACACAGCAUCCAAUCAUCAUGAACCUGACUUUUCGAGCAUUUCUCUACGGGCAAAGCAAAUGCUCGGACAGGCAACUGCCCUCAGCAACAAGAGCGGUGAUAAAGAGAGUACACCAAACAUGGCAAAUCAGGAACAGCAAAAUCCAGCCCCUUCGGAACCUCCAGUCUCUCAAACGACUCCUACCCCUUCUCAGGCCCCUUGGGAGGAGGAGAUUAAACGUGGUCACCACCGUGGAGGUAGUACGGAAACCCAGAUGGAAAGGGAAGAGUUUGCUAAUGAGCUAGCUGAAAGACGGCGCAAAGUUCAAGAAAAGCUGAAGAAUUUCGCAGAGAACGAGAGCAGGUCUACCAGCCCGGCCCCCAGCUAUCGUUUUCCGGACAACGGCGGGAACGGCGUUCACAGCCCCAACAAGACUGGCAAUGCCUUUUCACUCCUGAAGGCCAAGGCAUCCAGAAACCAGAAUAACCAGUCAAAGCCGGAACACCCGUUCUCUAAGUCCUCGAAGCUCUUAGGGUUGGAUAAACCGCAGUUUAAUUCAUCAGCGCCCAAUUUACAGCAGAGUAGUGAAAUGUGGCGAGAAGACGAGGAAAGAUCAACACGACGCUUGGUCCGAAAAUCCAGAGCUGAAUCCCCAAACAUGGGAGGGAGCCGGCAUCACGGCUGGGGUCGUCAAGCACUACCACCACAGUCUACCACGCCACAAUCGCGCCGAAGUGAGGAGGAUAGUAGAACCUCUGCCAGGGAUAGUGCUUCAUCAGCCCGGAGAAGUGGACCCAGAGACAGAUCCGAUUCUGAUACUUCUGGCCGUUCAAAGAGUCGACCUAGAUACCGUGAAGAUCUUGGCCCUGUUAGAGAAAGCGUUGAACAGCCAAGGAUGAGCAGACCAUCGACCGAGGGUAAAGCAUCUAGAAGCUCAUCAACUCGACCAUCUAUGGAAUCAAACGACCGCAGAACGAGGGACCGUUCAGCAUCCGUCGGUAGAUACAGGAGUAACUCUCGACCAGUACCACCAAACUACAUCGACCUCCAAUCCCUUCCUGCUCCAAGUCCUACACUUCAAAAUAACCAUCAUCCUGCCAUGCUACACUCGCCGAGGCCUCCUCCUUCUCCAAACACACACCCGUACUCAGCUAAUGCAACUCCUCCUUUAUUUGAAACUUCACCCGCAUUGACUACCCCGACUCAUGGGUUUGGAGGGCCCCCCAUGCAAUACCCACACCCCCAGCGAAACUCUCCCGUUCCGAGCCCCAACAAUACGCAACAGAGUCUAGGUUCUCAUAAGAGGUGGGUGGACAAGUCCCAAAUAUCUGAGCCUACGUUUAUCUCAACCACUUCCAAUGUGCCCACAAUUGGCUUACCUGCCGGCGCUAGUCUCGCCAAUGGAUCUCCAACACCACCCAUUCCUGCGAUGAACCCUAGGAGAAAACGACAAACUACUACACAGACCAUCCUUGGCGCACUCAAGGUAUCCUCUCCUCCUGAUAGAACCGAUCCAUAUCACCACCACCAGCAGAAUCAGAACCACCCUCCUCAUCCUAGCGCACCUCGAAGGUCAGAGGAACACAGUACCUUUUCAGAUGAUGAGAAACGCCCUAGGGCCCGCCAAAGACUUAGAAAGAUCUCAAGCGAGGGAGGCAACUUGAACGCAAAAGCUAGACAUCAUUUGAUGAACGGAGCCUCGCCAGCGCUACCACCCCCUCCAAAACAUAACCGAGUUGAGGGUUUACUUUAA